UUUUUUUGAACAGCAGCACAGAAUACACCUGGUGACUAUUAACUAAUCUGGCUUAGCUCUAUGGCAAAAGUUCAAGCACAGGCCAAGAAAGCAUAAUGUGUUUAUCUAAAGAUAGUAGAUAGCAGAUGCCAAUCACACAUUCAUGUCAAACAUUCCCAAGUUGUUCUUAAAAUUGGGAAUUCGCUGUCCACUGCACUGUGAGUGUGCAAGCUUUUCAAAUUUGCAAACAAGUAAAUAUUAACCAGAUUAAACGAGUAUGAUCCUUCAAUCUUUGCUCAUUCUAAAAGUACAAAGGAGCAAACACAUCGCCACUUUUGCCUAUUUUGUUCGGCAACACAAGUUCUAACCUAAUUGCCUAGGCUAAAUGUGUUCAGUGAUUUUAUCUAAGGAUAGCAGACUUCAUCUGUAGACAGCCAAUACGUGAAGGAUGAACUCAAAAGUUAGUUCAUUGAAACCAAUUAUCUGUCACACAGGUCUACAAAAAACUUACCAUACCCACCAAAAGACAGCAGUCAGUCUUACCAGCCACCAAACUUUGAAUCCUGUGGAUUUUGAAGAACCUGAUCUAGAGAUUUCUGUGGCUUUUCUCACAUCCAAUCAAAACAACAAUGUCAACCGCUGCUGAAAUUCUGGAGAAGAUCGGUGAGAGUCAUCUAGAAUGCUCCAUCUGCUUCAACCGUUUCGCUCAACCCAAAGCACUAGACUGUUUACACUCUUUUUGCCUGGACUGUCUCAAGCAUCACAGAGAUAGCCAAGAUCCGUACGCCAGAAAAAUCAAAUGCCCCCUGUGCAGACGUGACACCACACUGCCAAGUAACAGGCUCGAAGAUCUGCCUACUAACCAUGCACUGAGCGCUCUCGUUGAAGAUGUUGGAAAACGAGAACAGCCUCUGCAGGGUGAAGGGUCAGAGAUCACAUGUCAAAGCUGUGAUGAGCAAAAUCAGGCACUUUCAUUUUGCAACGAGUGUAAACAUUUUCAGUGUCAAGAGUGCCACGGGGCACAUGCCCUCCUACCAGUAACAAAAUCUCACAAAAUGUACAUGCUGGCCGAGCCUCAAUCGAGAUGGACUGCCCACAAGAGCAAACUAAGAGAAGACCCAAAAUGUAACAAACAUCCUGAUCAGAAUAUUAACAUUUAUUGCAACACAUGUGAGAAGUUGAUUUGCACAACUUGCUCUGUUCUGAAACAUGAAAAGCAUUCUUGUGCAGACAUAUCAGAGGCUUUUGAUAAAUGCAAACAAGAAAUUGCAGCAGCAAUGGCAAAGGUUGAAAAGAAGAAAACACAACUGAAGAAUGCCAUGAAAAACACAGCCAAAUCUCGCAAGAAACUAGACACCAUGUUUGAAGCUACCAACAAGAAGAUCUCCCAACAAGCUGACAAGGAGGUUGCUAGGAUUAGGGAGAUGGAACAGAAACAGAAACAAGAGGCCAAAGAGAUCUACCAAGACAGAGUCAAGGCAUUUGAAUCUUCUGACAACAUCAAUGAUAGACAGCUGAGAGAAGCAAGGCAGAUAUCACAGAUCCAUGCCAGGUUGAAGUGAACGGGUUGGACCACAUCAUU